UGUCUAUCUAGGUUUUAUGUCUACCUAUAAAACCUAUUAUAUAUCUUUGUCCUUUUUAUAAAGGAUGACAAUAUUAUCACUAAAUAUAGGAACGUUCUUUUAAUUUUAAAUUUUGAUUUUAGCUCAUUGUCAUUCGUAACCCAAUCAUCAAGAUUCAACUUAAAAGUCAUAAAACCAUGAUUACCAUAGCAUAAACCUAUGUCAUUCGGUCAAUAGAAAAGACGGAAUUUUUAAACAAGGAGUUAUGAAACAGUUUAAUGUUAAACUAAAUAAUACAUUUUAUUUAUAAAUUACAUAGGUAACAUACUAUUUAAAUAAAAAUGUUUAAUUUUACAUUCAUUCAGAAGUUUAAAAUUGUAUUUGUUUCAGUAUCUACACAGUAUCAAUCAUGAAUUUUUAUCCGAAAAAACCUAGCACAGUUUUAAAACGUCUCAGUUCCGCUAGUGAAAAUAACAAACCUAGAGAAGAUCUACAAGAAGAUAUAAUAAAAAUUGACCAACAUAAGUGUGUAUACAUGUUCUUAAUUACUAGGGUUACUUAAGUUAUAGGAAAUAAAAUUGGAGAAAAAUGCAUGCAAAUUUGCACAAAAAAAUUUAACAUUAUUUUAUUUUUAAAUGAUUUGAAAAAAAGUUACAUUCUUAUGAACUGGUAGUUAAUAAUUAAUACAUUUUUAAUAGUAAAUAAUAGACACUAAAAAAAACCAUCUGACCAUCUGAAUAUUUUCAACUGUGUAUAAAUUUAAAAAAAUAUAUGUACAUGGUGAUUCAUUUAAAAUUGUACACAUAAUAUCUCGAAAAGUAUUUAAUUUUUUUCAAUUUUUUUUUUUAUGAACAUUUAAGAAAUAAGUUGUUAAAUUUUAAAAUUUACUUUAAUUUUUGGUAAUGAAACCACUACCUGCAUUUGAUUUUCAAAUGAAAACAUACAUUAAAAAUUCCAUAAAUAUAUUGAGUAUUAUUUAAAAUAAAUUGUGGUGCAAAAAUGGUUGAUUUCCUGUUGACGAGAUAUGCAACUCAAAAAUUUGGGUAGGUAGAGAGUAGUGGAGCAUCUUUCAAAUUUUUUUUCCAGUGAUACUUAUUUUAUUAUAGUUCAUUGUUUUAUUGUAAUAAUUCACUUAUGUUUUUAUAUGAGUAAAUUUUGUUGGUAUAUCAUUAAGGGUAAAUUUUUUAAGGAAUGAUUGAAAUUCAAUGUUUUUGAUUUUGUGUAAUGGUAUAUUGGCAUACAACAUAGCCUUAUACAAAUCUUUCAAAAACAUUUUCUUGAUCGUUUACUAGUCUCUCAUGUUUGCUUGUUUUUAAAUUCCGUAUAACAGUAAAUCUUUUACUACCAUUAACCUUGACUUUGUAAAUUUUACAAUAUAAAAUAGUACCAUCUGUAGAAAAAAAAAUUUCCCUAAAUUCUAUUAUGUUUUUCAUUAAUCAACUUUUACUUUUGGCAUUUUAAAUCAAUUUAACAUUCAAUUGAACAUACCCUAGAGUAUAAUACAGUGAACUAAACUUUAUUUUUGAUUGUUGCAAAGGAAAAAAUAAUCGCAUUAUAGUUAGAUACAAUAAUCUAUUGUUAUAAUUAUAAAAAAAUAAAAAUAAUAACAGAAAACCAAAUACGAUAAAGUUUCUCCAUGUCUUGAUAAGUAUUAUUCUAUUCUAUUAUAUUUAUAUUUAAGUAUUAUUUGAUAAUAAAUAAAUAAUACUAUGUAUAUAGCAAUGAUAAAAUUAUAUAUUUUACAUUUUAAAUUUGAUUGCUAUAUUAUCAAAACUACAGGUUUUGUGUUGAAGUAUUGUUUUAUGAAAUAUAUUUUAUUAAAAAUAAAUAUGAUUUAACUAAAAAUGCAUUUAUAUACACAAAAAAUCAAUAAUAUGCAAUUCUUAAAAAAAUUAUCAAAAUAUAUAAAAUAUGCAAAAAAAAAUAUGAACUCAGUAAGAACUCAUUUUUAGCUUUCCUAUCUAUAAAUUGGAGACAGAUAAAAAUACGAAAUUACUGCAACUUCUCAUCUUUGCUUAUUGAUAUUAAAUUAAUUUUUCUCAGAAUAGAUUUCUUCAAAAUACAACUGUUAUAAUACAAUAAAAUAAAUAUUUUAUACAUUAUUUAUUUAAGUCAUAAGAUAUGGAUAUUUACCUAUAUUUAUUUUUAUUUUAGUUCAUCUGAAAGUUGUUUUGAAAAUUUAAAAAAAAAUGAAGAUAUGUCUUGCGAAAUACUUCAAACUACACUUAAUAUAAAAUGUAUGUACUUAGUACAAUUAGUUAUACUAUAUUUUUACAUAUGUUUGUUCUUUGCUUUUUUCUAAAUAACAUUUGUUUUCAUAAUUUAUUUAGUUAAAAUUAUAUUAAUAUGAUUGUUCUUUUCCCUGAAUAGAAUCACAAAAUUUUGAAAACAAUAAUAAUAUUGAACAACUGUUUUAUAUCCACAGAAUGAGUACAAUCAUUAAUUUUACUAAUUUAUAAUUUUUCUGUACAUUGUUUUAACUAAAAAUGAAGACUAGACAUUAUUUUUUUUUGUUAAAAGCCGACAGGCUAGUUGGCAGCAUUCCUUCAUUCUUCUCGCUUUUCUAAGUUGUGCAUCUUAUAUAUCUGUCUAUUUGAUCUAUGUAAUGAAUGGUGGUAUUCCUUAGUUCUUCCCUUUUAUGGAUUCUUCCCCUCUAUUGUUCUUCCUAGUAGAUUUUUUUGUCAUAGCCCAUGUUCAAUUAAUUUAGCUCUAAAAAAUAGAUUAAAUUUUUUUAUAAUAUAUAUAAAAUAAAAUACCAACAUUUUAACAUUUUUCAAAUUAACUUACUUUCAGCAUGCCAAAAAUAUGAGCCAAAAUUAAUAAGUGAAACAAAAAACUGUGCUAUUAAAAAGAAAAGCCAAACUGCAUCUACUCAAAAAGUUUCAAAACCUCAAAAUUCAAACUUUGUAAGUACAUUUUUUGUUUACAUUUUAUAGUAGUUGAAUAGCAGUUGCUCAAUCAAGAUAAACAAACACUUUAAAUCAGUGUUUCCUAACCUGGGUGAUGUUCACAAAUUUCUGGAUAAAUACAAUUUGUAUUUUUAGAUUAUUUUUAUUUUACUAUGUUGGGGGAAAAAAUUAACAAUGAAUGAUCAGUCAUCAGAUAGGUUUGUUUGUUUAUUGGCCUUUAUGCGAAUAUUAUAAGUAUUAAUAGGAAUCUUUUUGCUGAUGAUUAUUUUUUUGUUAAGUUAGGUUAUUUCUUAGAUCAUAUACAAUAUACAAUAUACAAAUAGUAUAUGAUUUAAAGGUUAGUUAAUUUUUUUUGUUGUUAAGAGGAGGGAGGGUUGAGGUUUUUGAAAAUCUUUAUCCUCUCCCCAAGGAUGGGAAUCACUGUAGUUUUAUUGGUAUAUUACUGUAAUUAUAUAUAUUAUGUUACCUAUUAAUGUAAUACUCAUAUAAUGUACAUUUAAUCUUAGUCAUUUUAAUAUAAACUGCAAGAUUUUCCAUUUAUAAACUUUCUUAUAAAAAGAAGUAAUUAUUAAAAUUCUUUAUUUUACAAUAUAUGAAACAAGAAGUGUCUUUUUCAAAAAACUAAAUGGGUUUACUUAUUAUGCAAUAUUUAUCUUACAUUAUUUAAUGGUUUGUGUGUAUUUUUGGAAGGAAAAUUUGAUCUAGACACAUAAUUAGGUAACUAAUUAAAUGUGAAAUUAAUUCAUAAACACAUAGUAGUUGAUACAUUUAUUUAUUUCAGAAAAGAUCUACUAAAGAGAACAUAAUUCAUUGCACUUCUAAUAAAAAUGUGAAACCAAGAUUGGAAGAUAAUGAAAUAUUAAGUAAGGUUUUUUUUUUAAAUAUAAUAUGUGGCUUAAAUUACUAAUAAUAUUCUAUUGGUUUUUAAAGAUCCAAGUUUAACAAAAAAAAAUGAGAAUUUGUGUAUUGAUGAAAAUAUUGCACUUGAUGCUGAGGUAAGAAUAAUUUAUUUUUAUUUACUAAUUUGUGUCUGUGCUUAAAAUAAUGCAAAUCACAUUUUAGGAGGCCUUAUCACUAACAUUUGCUUUCUCAGUUUAUCUCACACAUAAUAUAGCAAAAGACAUUCUGAAAUUCCCCUAUUGAAACUCUAGUUAGGUUUAGGGUAUAAAGAAGAGUAUUUUCUAUGGGUUGUAUGGAUUGUUUAAAUAUUUUGUAUUUUUUCAUUAUAUGCAUGUUUUAAUUUCUCUUAAUUUUAAAAUAACCUAAUAUGAAAUACAAAUAUUUAAAAAAAAAAAUCAUUCAUUGUAUCUACAGUCUAUAGAUGGUCCCAUGAAGAUAUACUUAUUGUGAUACCUUGGAAAAAAUUAAUUUAUGUCAGAAUUAUAGAUUCAAUGCAUAGUGAGGGAUCUAUUGGUUUAACUAUGUUUUGUUUUGGAUGUAGUUGCUCAAGAAGUAAGUCAUUUUAUGAUUUUUAAAUUCGUUUUUAAAAUAGUUGGGAAACCCAGAAAAAGACUAUGAUAAUUUCAUUAUUUAAAAUGAGUACACUAUAUUUUCUACCACAAAUAUUGCUCCAAUAGUAAAACAACAAGAGAACUUUUUUGUUAUAGUUUUAAUCUAGUUGGUGACCAUCUUAAGUAUUCUAUGGGGAAUUUGUUUUUACAAUUUGAAAAUAAUACAUUUCCUACAUCACCCCCUCCUCCGGUUCCUACAUUAUUUCUGGUUUCUCCUAUUUAUUAUUAUUUUCAGUUUUGUUCAAUUAAAAUAACUAAAAAGUCUAUUUUUAGUUUCCUUUAAGUUUUUCUAAUAAUUGAGAAAACCGAAAUAAACAUAGAAUUUUUAGAACAUUUUAUGAGAAUAAGAGUUUUAUUAUUUUAAUUUGUUUUUGUUUUUUUGUUAUUCAGUCAAAAAUACUUUUAUUGACAUUUUAAAUUGUUGAAAUGCUUGAAAAUAUGAAAAAUGUUUAUUUUAAGUCAUACUUAGUAGUAAAAAAAAUAAUUGAGUUUAAUGCAUUAAUUUAUUUUUCAUAAACAUUUUAAGAUCAAAUUUUGAUGAACAUCUUAAAAAUUACAGCAUUUCAAAAUAUGUCUUACUAAACUUUUUCAUUAGAAAUGGUUUAUUUUUGGUAGCAGGUAUAAUAAAUAAUUUUUAUGUAUCCUACUUUCUCAAAUACACAUCCACCUACAGCAGUGGUGCAACCAACCCCAGUAUCAGCUCUUUUUAGAUUCUAAGUUAAACAAAAAAGCUUAUGGUUUGACAAAGAUGCUUAUUUUUUCAUAUUAUAUCUGUUACCAACUUUUCUACCAGAAAACUUGCUCGGAUUUCUAAGUGUAGCACAUUUUCUAAAAAGAAAUCGGUGUGUGGAGGUACUUUAGGAAGGUAAUUUUUCGAUUUUCUCAGCAAAUGUGAAAAACACUGAAAAAACAUGGGAAAAUUGGUACAACAGUAAAUAAAUAUUAUUAAAGAAAAUAUAUAAAGCCUAUUUAAUUAUUUUACUAUAAAAUUACAUAUAUUGUUGACAAAGCAUCACUAUCAUCUGAACUCCAUUUAGAAUAAUUUUUCAUAAUCAAUGGUUUAUCAUUACUUACAAGUAUACAUUAAGUUAUCUAUAACAGUGUCUGCGCCUGUCCUCAUUAUCCUUGGACUUUUUUUUUUUUUUUGUCAAUUUAAGAAACUAACAUCUCAAAAAUGUUAUAUUACUAUUUUUUGUUGGGUUGACAUAGUUACUUACUUUUGAUUUUCAAUUCAAUUUAUAUAACACACUGCCAGUGGAGGCUGUAGCAGUAGCAGUUUAAUAGAACUCAUGCAUUCUUAUUGGAGACUAUACACAACAGUGGUACAGUGGCUGUGGUAAAAUAUUGUGUCACAGUUUUUAUAAAAACUGCAUGACCCUUAUCAUUACUGGUCUUUUAUUUUUUUUCAUCAUUUUUUUAAAUAGACACAUUCAAAAUGUGAAUAAAUGUAAAAAAAAACUAAGUAUAAAAUCUAUAAUAUAGUAAGUACAUGAUAUGAUGAAACAUUCAUAACAUUGGGGUCUUAAAUGUAUAGUUUCCAAUUAAUUGAUUAAACAAUAUUUUAUCGGUGUAUUCUUAAGAACCGAACCCUUAAAUUGACUUGGUGGAGCAUCAACAAUUAAAAAUCGAUUAUAAUAAUGUUAUUGACAAAUAUAAGAUAUAAGCGUGUAGGCAGUGCUAGAUUAACCUAUAAGCAAAUUAAGUACUGCUUAAGUCUUAAAAAAAUUCGGCCUGUAAAUUUUUUUUCAUUGAAAAAUGUACAAUUUGUAGACUUGCACUUUAAGUUGAUAGUCAGAUUAGACCCAGCAUCAGCCGAAUAUUUAUCGGACAGCAUCUGCCAAAUUGGACCUUUUAGUCUUUUAUGGACAACAAAAAUGAUUCGCUUACAUCAGGAUUUCGGUUGAAUUCACCCAAAAUUAUACAGUACCCAUAUACACAUGUAUUUCUAUAUAACAAAAUAUUUUGUUUUCAUCCAACAUCGACUGUAUAUGACUGAAUUUACGAGAUUUAAUGUGACCACUUAAUAUGUAUAAGAAUAAGAUGAUAGACGAUCUAAAUUAAAUGUGACUUAAAAGUUAAUUAAAAAUUUUCCAAAUGCUGAAAGAUUAUUAUGCUUAUAUCUUUCUUUUAUGUGUACCAACUGUACUGGUGAAAGAUAUUUUUCCUGGAUUAAAAUGAUUAAAAACCUAUUACAAUCUUCACUAUCAAAAAAUAAUCUGCAGAAUUUUGGAAUUUUGGAAAAAGAAUUAUGCAUAGAUGAAAAGGAUAGACAAUAGUGAACAGUUGCAAUGACGGCAAUGACUUAUUUUAUAAUAAAUAUACAUAUUUUUUAGUAUUUACUUAUAAUUUCAAAAUCUAUUUGAUACAAUUAUGUAUGAAAUAUUAUUUAUAUUUCAUAAAUGAAAUUAUAAAAAUAAAAAUUACUUUUAAUUUGUUGUUAAGAAAUAAGGCAGAGAUAUAGGAUAGGUGUAUACCUUUUUUUUACUCAUUAUGGCCAAUUAGGAUCGUCUGACUUAUUUGCUUAAGGCCCAUGAAGUACUUACUUUGUCACUGGGUGUAGGUAAAUAAAUAAUAUAAAUAAAUAGUAAACUGCUAUCACCACUGCAGUAGUGCUGCUGUUUACUUUUUCUCUACUACUACAGCAAUAGGGCACCUGCCGCCUGUGAGCACCUUUAAAAAUUCCUUUAGUAGUUAGAAUAUGUAAAUAAGUACUUUGGUGUUGAUUUUUUUCAUUUUCACCAAUCCUUCAAUGAUAUAUAUUACUUUAAAGUUUUAUUUAAGUUGUUAUUUGCAAAUCAAAAGUAAAUAGAAGUUUUACCCCCAAAAUAAGUAUUGUAACAUUUUAAAGCUACUUGUUUCUCGAAUUUUCAAAAAAAAAAAUAAAAAUAUGUAUACUUUUCUAGAUAUUGCAAUGGAUUUAUCUUUCUGAGUUGUUCUAUAGUAUAGUAAAUACUCUUCUUUUUACAUUGUGUCUUCAUUGCUAUAUUAUGUUCCAGACAGAGAAAACAAAUUAGUAUACAAGACCAAUUAAAAUUUGAAUUUUUACUGCAGGAGUUUUCAGAACUUGAGUAUGAAGUAAAUGGUCUAGAAAAAUUGGAAUAUAAUAUAUUAAAUAAAGUAUUUAACAUGUUUGUGGAUUUACCAGAAAGUGUAGUUAUUAAUGUACCUCGGUUUCAAGACCCAUCAUCACGGUCUGCUCUUAAAACAAUGAUGCAUAAAUUAAAAAAUAAUAUAAAAGCCGCUAAAGCACGAUUAAAAUGUCAUCAAAAAGUUCCAAAAAGAGUGCGAUGUUCAUAUAUUUCAAAUAGCAAAGAUAAAGAAAAAGACAAUGUAAAUAUAACUGCAGAAAAAAUAGUGAAUGACAAUUAUAUACAACUUUCUAAUCAAAAGACAGUAUAUAAUUACAAUAAUGAUGAAUACAGUAAUAGCAAAUUAUCAAAUCCUGGAAGUGUUGAGAAAUUACAAAACGAAAAUGAAUUACAUAAGAAGAAUCAGAUUUGUAUACACUCUAAUUCUAGUAACUUAAUAUCAUUAAAACCUCAAUCUAAAUUUCAAAAACCAUCAUGCACUGUAACAUCAUCAAGUAUUAACUCUAGUAUUAAUUUAGACACUAAUUAUGAUAUUAGUUGCAAUAAAAAACCCACAGUUAUUUUAAAUUUACAUAAUCAGAAUACUACUUCAAGUACUCAAAUUACAAACACAAGUAAGUCAUAAAAUAUUACUUUAAAACCCAGAGAAUAUUUUUAAAUCUUGGUUAUGAAAAUAGUUCAAAGUUGUAUCAUGUUUAGUUAAAACUAAUGUGGUUUAUAUGUUUUAUUAAAUCAAUAGAUUUAUGUAAAGAUGAUCCACAUUACAUUGAUCAAACAACUACCAAUUAUGAGAUAAAAAAACAUUUAAUGGAUAUAAACUUGCCUGAAUUUGAGUUCACCAAAACUGACUAUGAUCAUUCAUGGGAACUUUUUGCUGUAAGUUCUUUGAUUAUUUCAUAGUUAAUACAUUAACAUAAUACAUAUUUAGGUAUUUAAACAAACUUUUGGACUCCGGAGUUUUCGUCCUAAUCAAUUUGAAGCUAUUAAUGCUGCUUUGCUUGGACACCAUUGUUUUAUAUUAAUGCCAACUGGAGGUGGAAAAUCUUUAUGUUAUCAAUUACCAGCAGUUAUAUCAAAAGGUGUAACUGUUGUGAUUUCCCCAUUGAAGUCGCUGAUUAUAGACCAAACUCAAAAAUUGAAAUCUCUAGAUGUAAGUAUUUUUACGGAUAACAAAUUGAAUUUCUAAGCUUAUUUAUUUCCAUAAUACAAAAAUACAAAGUAUUAGUACUUAAUUGCAACCUGAUAAGUUUAAUUCUUUAAAUUAUUGUAUAUAUUUCUACUAAUAUAAAAAUACUACUUUUAACAGAUACCAGUAGAACAUUUAUUAAGUGGUAUUACACAAGACAGUGAAAAUACAAUUUUGUCAAGACUUUGGGAAGCUGAACCAGGUAAAUUAUAAAAUUUUGCAUACUGAAGGUAUAUCUAUAUAUGUAUCAGUGAUUCCCAAUCUUCUUAGUUGUGUAGACCAUCAAUUAUGUAAAAAAAACUUUGAGGCCCACUAAACUAAUAUGCAGGUAAAAAUAAAAACACCUAUAUAUGUAUGUACGACCAAUAUAUAUAUAUAUAUAUAUAUGUAUGUAUAUAUAUAUGUAUGUAUACAUAUAUACAUAAUGUAUAUACUGCACAUACAUCAGUAAUUAUGAAAAUAUACUGUACAAAAAAAUUUUAAAAAUAUUUUUUAUAAAAAAAAAAGAAAUUUAUUAUUUAGUAGUUUUAUAUUAAAGUGUCUAUGUAGGUUUAUUUAAGUUAAUUUCAUAUGCUCAUACUCCAUACUAAGCAUGACAAAAUAUUAUAGAAUACUAGAUAAGAAAAUAACAAUACAAUUUUUAUAGCGUUAAUUAUCUGAUUAUUACUAAAUUUUGAAUGAAAUAUAGACAUUUAUAAUAUAGAAUUUGCCAACCUUAAUUGGCCUAUACUCUUGACCAACAUCUGCGACCCAAUACCACAUUGCCUGAGACCCAUAGGUUGGGAACUGAAUUAUAUAUCAUUUGAAACAAUAUAAUUUAUUUAUUUUAGGAUACUUUUAACAUUAUAUUUAGGAUAUUUUUAACAUUAUAACUCCUCCAUGGAUAUUCAUUGUAAUAUUAUAUUAUAAUAUAUAAAUUUUGGGUUUAAGAACUGAAAUUGCUGUAUGUCACACCUGAAAAAGUCGCAGCAAGUAAUAAACUAACGCAAGUUUUAAAUAAUUUGUACUGCAGAAACUUAUUAGCGCGAAUAGUUAUUGAUGAAGCUCAUUGUGUGUCACAAUGGGGUCAUGAUUUCAGGUUAGUACACAUUGCAGUAAUUUAUUUUAAUAUAUCAAACAUAUUUAUUCAUAAUCAAUAUUAUAAAUUUUGUUAAAUAGACCAGACUAUAAACGAUUAGGUGUGUUCAAACAAAAUUAUCAAAAUGUUCCUAUAAUGGCAUUAACUGCUACUGCAACACAACGUGUUCGGAAAGACAUUUUACAUCAGCUUAAUAUCCAAGAAACAAAAUGGUAUACAAAUAAUUAUAUUUCAUAAUCUUUUGACAUACCAAAAAAAAAAAAAAAAUUGUUAGUGAAAUUGUAUUUAGUAAAACAGGUUUAUGUAAAUAAAUAAUUAUUAUAUUGUGUAUAUUGAGACUGAUAAACGCCAUAAGUGUUGUCUUGCUCCAACUAGCGAAUAAAAUCUACCUUUUGCAGUCUGCAUAGAACUUGCUUAAUUUUUGUUUUUAGAGUAAAAGCACCUACAAUAAAAUUAAAAGAGUGCAAGAUGUAAAGGCAUAUGAGUUUUUCCUAUUAUUUUAGUUAUUUUUUGAUAUAAGAUUCAAUACUUCAUUAAGAAAUAAAAAUUAAUUCAUUGAUUUUAAAUGAUUGUAACAUUUCAAAAAAUGAAUUUUAAGAACAAAAACAUAUCUUGCCCUGUGGAAUAUUGUCCUCUUUUUUUUUAGUAAAAAGUUCAUUUACUCUAAAACCAAAAUUAAGCCAUAUUAAUUGCUAUAUUUCCCAUUAGCUGGACUGAGAAAGCACAUGCAGGUAUAGUGUCCUCUUAAUUAAUAAUAAUAUCAUGUUUUUAAAGGUUUAUAUCCAGUUUUAAUAGACCUAAUUUGGUUUAUGAGGUGAAUCCUAAAAAAGGUGCUACUACAUUAUUAGACAUUGCUAAACUUAUAAAAUCUAAAUUUGCACGUCAAUCGGGUAUAAUUUACUGCAUGACAAAAAAAGAAUGUGACAAUACUGCUAAAAUAAUGGCUAGAGAAGGAAUUAAAGCAGUGAGCUAUCAUGCUGGAUUAUCUGAUAAAAAAAGAAAUGAAGUUCAAAUCCAAUGGACUUCUAAUAAAUCUAAUGUAAGACACCAUUAAUGAAAUAAAUAAAUUUAUAUUUACUGUUUUAUGUUUUAAAAUAUUUAUUUCAGGUAGUUUGUGCUACAAUUGCUUUUGGUAUGGGUAUUGACAAGCCCGAUGUACGAUUUGUUAUACAUUAUUCAUUACCACAAUCCAUUGAGGCCUAUUAUCAAGAGUCUGGUAGAGCUGGUCGUGAUGAUGAUGUAGCUUAUUGUUUGUUGUAUUAUAACUAUUCUGAUAUGCAUCGUAUCCAAAAACUCAUUGAAAGUAUGCAGAACAUUUUUAUUUGUUUAAAAUAUAUACAAUAAAACAUUGCUAUUACAAUUAUAAUCACACCUACUUAAUAAAUAGUUAAAUUAAAUAAAAAAAUCAGAAUAUAUAUGUAAAAUAAUAUUUUGUUGGUCUGGGGUAAUCUUGAAAACUACUGAAUUGAUUGACUUGUUUUUUUUUUUAAUUAUCAAAAUCAUUUUUCUUUAACAAUGGUUUAUUGGUGCUUACAGACAUACAUUAAAUUCCCAUCUAUACUACCUUCCCAACUUCCCACCCAUAUGAGUGGUGUGAUAUUUUAUCACCUUCAAGUUUUAUUUUCUCGACAAAAAGUAGCUUAUGGUUUUCUCCAAGGUCACAUUUAUUUCUAUACCAAAGUUUAUCAAAAUCUGUUAAGUUGUUUUCGUGUAAAAAACAUCUAUACAUCUACACAAACUUUUACAUUUAUAAUACAUUUUUGAAUGGGAAAAGUCGAAAAUCAACUUUAUUAAUAGACUGAAUGUGCCUAAUGCAUUGUUUGUCUAAAAUCAACUUUGCAUUAUUAUCUUUCUAAUGAAACCAGUUUGGGGUACAUCGAUUGAAUGGUUUCAAAGUCUAUAAUUAAUGGACAUAGAUAGAAACAAUUUUUGUGUUUGAUAAAUAUAAAUAAUAUUUUUUAAUUAUAUUUAGUUGGAGGAGGAGCAACUUAUGAAUCCAAAAAAGUCCGCUUUCAUAAUCUUUGUAGAAUUGUGUCAUAUUGUGAAAACAAAACUGAUUGUCGCCGUGCUUUACAACUUAAUUAUUUUGAUGAGAAAUUUGAUAGAGAUAAGUGUAUUAAUAAUGAAAAGACUACAUGUGAUAAUUGUCGCAAUAAAGUAGAUCAUUUUAUAAUUAAAUAACUUUUUAAUAUACUGUUUUAUUUUGACAUCAGUUUUAAUAUUUGUUUUAUUUUAGAAUAUAAUCAAUAUAAUAAAUGUCACUAAAGAAAGUAUUGACAUAUUAAAUACUAUUCAAGAAAUUUGUGGAUUAGGUGAUAAUGAUUGGAAACAUAAUUUUACAUUUACUCAUUUUGUAGAUAUAUUUAAAGGGAAAAAAACUCCAAAAGUGAUAUUGCAUGGUAUAUUUUAUUAAUUUGUUAUUAAAAUAUGUAAUGUGCCAUAGACAAAUGAAAUUUUUGGUUAAAUAUUUUAUUUAUUUUACAGGUCAUGAAAAUUCUAAGAUAUUUGGUCAUGGCAUACAUUGGGAUAGACAUGAUAUUGAACGAUUAAUACAUAAAUUAAUACUUGAAGGUUAUUUAAGAGAAGAAAUGGUUGCUUCUAAAUCAGAUAUUAUGAAUGCAUAUAUUCGAAUUGGUCCUAAUGCUGAGAAACUUAUGAUGGGAUUAGUUAAUGUAUAUAUAUAUAUAUAACUAUUUAAAGUUCUUAUUAAAUUUAUUUGUUUUUUUUAGUUAUCACUUGUUUUAAAUCUAAAGAAGAAUACCAUAUCCAAUGAAUCUUUUUCCAGCCUUAAAGAUGAAACUAUAAAUCCAAUUCUCAAAGAAAUACAAGAAAAGUGCUACGAAGAUCUUAUGGAUGUUUGUCGUGGCUUAGCUGCAUCUUUAGAAAUCAAUACAAAUGCAAUUAUGUCUAUGCAAGUAAGUUUUUAAGAAAUAGAUUAACAUAGUUCGCUCACAAUGUCGUUUUGCUAAAAUGUAUAAAAUACUGCAUUUUUGACAGUUAUUUCCUGCUUUAUUAAACUUAAUAUAAUAUUAUAUAUUAUGUAAUAUAUAGAUGUUUAUGUUGGGAAAAUUUAACUGUAAAUGUAACAAUAUUGUCUUUCAUACAGUGCCAUCAUGAUAAGUGGAAACAUUCAAUAACUAUGUGCAGACUUAAUAUAUUUUAAUUCUAUUUUUUGGCCAACUAAUAAUCAUAAUCAGUUGCUGAUUAGCAGUCUAAUGUAUAGUUUAUAGGGUUCAGUUGUUAUCUUAUAUUGUGUGUUUAUUAUAAUUGUGGUCAUAUUACAGGUUUUGUGUUUCAUCUUGCCUUAGUUAUAAAUAUAUUGUGCACUCAUUUAUAUUUAUUUGUCGAUAGAAAGCAUUAUGGAAAACUUGUUAAAAUUAAUCAAACACUAAAAUUAUAAAUUUAAUAAAAAUUAAAUAUUAUGAAUUAAAAUUAAAUCAAAAUAAAUUGAUUAGUUCUGUUAAUGAUCCGAGUAGAAUUUUAAAAAAUUUGAAGAUGGUUUAGAAAAAAUUGCCAAUAAAAUAAUCAAAUUACACUUCUUGAAGACAAUUUCAAAACAUUAAAUAAAUGUAAUUCAAUGAAUUCUGAACUAAAUAUUAUUAAUAAACUUUUGACUCUGUGCAAAAAAUAUUAUAUUAUUUAAUUUGCUUGAAGUAGUAUCAAACUCUAAUAAUAGAAACUCUGAUGAUAAUCAAAUAAAAUCAAUUCUGAAUGAAUUAAAUCUUAAUUAUACGCCUAUAAAAUUUCACUGUCUAGGUAAAUCUGCAAACAAAGAUCCCCCUUUAAAAGUUACUUUUCCAGAGGCAAUUCAUUCUUUUGAUAUCUUUGUAUUUACUGAAACACGCCUCUUCAAUAAUGUCAACACAGCUAAACUCAGCUUUAUUAAUUUCCACACAUAUCAAAGUAACUGAAAUAAGAAUACUAGUCUAAUUUCUACUGAUGGUGGCGUUUUAAUUGCUGUUAAUGUUAACUUCACGUCUUAAUUGUUAUUUAACUUAGAAGAGAAAUUCAACCACAAAAAUUCAUUAAAAAAUACAAAAAUUAAUUUUUGGUCAAAAAUAAAUGAUGUCAUUAAAAAGAAAGUUGUUCUAAUGUGCAAUAUAAUCUAAUUUAAAAGAUGUAUAAUUAUGACUAUUCGUUGGCCAAAAAAAAAAAUACAAUUAAAAUAUAUUUAGUCUGCACAUAGUUAUUGAGUGUUUCCACUUAUAAGGAUUGCACUGUAUAAUAUAUAUGGUAUUAUAUGGUGUACAUAUUGGUCUAUUGUCUAUAUAAUGGUCUACCAUUUUUUUUUAUGCAUUUCAUCAUCCAGUAAUUAAAUACAAUUAAAUAUCAAUUACUAAUAAAGUGAAACAUUUUAUGCAUUAUUUCAGGCAAUUCGUUCAAUGGCACUAUUAAUGCCUGAAACUGAAGAAGAUAUGUUAAAAAUUGAUGGUGUUACUAAAUCAAAUUUUGAGAAAUUUGGCCUCCCACUAUUGGAAAUCAUAAAACAAGCAGCUGCAAAAAAGUCAGGUAUUAAUAAUUAUUAUUUGUAUACUUCUAAAUGGUGAGUAAAAUAGCACAAUCCUUAUCGAAAGAGAAAGAAUUUCAAAAACUAUAGAAUACAGUGAAGUCUGUCUUAACGGACACCUCUGUUAACAGACAAAAUAAUAAGAUCCCGGCAAAAUAUAGGCAUUCCAAUGUAUUUCGACCUAUCUAUAACAGACUCUAUUAUAGAUACGGAUAGUAAUAUUUUUCAUCAAUACCUCGAUAAUAAACAACUAUUUUAGUUCAAAAUCAAAUGUGUACCAUGUACAUACAUAUCAUGCACCAGUCUAUUUCAAAUACUGAUUAUGGCAGAACACGUGUUUGAUAAUAAGAAUCCAAUUAAUUGCAAGAAUGAAAAUAACGAAAAACAGGUAUAAACCUUAAAGACUAUUCAGUGUUUAUUACAUACCACUUCGCUAUUAUAGUAUUGUACAUUUUUCUCUGUUUGUUUUAAUUUUUUCUUUGCAAUGUCACCUCCUGUACCUAUCUAUUACCUGUCUAUAACGGUCAUUUUUUAUACAUUUUUAAGUAGACUCAGAAUGAGUUUAUAAGGAUUUGGAUUUUAAACUUAAGAAAAUAAACAACAAUUGUUCUAAACUUAGUUUAUUAUUUACACAGAUAUGACACAUACAUAGUUACUUGUCUCACACUUAGGUUAUAACUGGUUGAUUAGUGUCCCUCGGGUUCUCUUUAUAUACCUUAAGAAUCUUUAAUUAAGACAGUCACUAUUUUAAGUACAUAUCUGUGCUACUUUUCCUUAUCACGCUACAUAAUAUUAAUUAAUUACUUGCAACACAAAAUGAUAAUUUAACAAAAUACAAUUGAGGUCUUCCAGAUACAAUAUCAAUUGAAUACUAAUGACUAUGUUUUAUUACAUCUAUUAUAUUAGAUCGGGUGGUCCUAAUAAUCCCAUAACUAUCCAUUAUAUACAGGUUUCACUGUAUCAGUAAGAGUGUGUUUUAUUUCAAGUGUGAUCAAUAUUUAACAGUUUAAUCAAAAAGGUAAAAUAUUCAAUAAUAAAAUAGUGAAGUAAAAACAAAAUUAUUAAAAUGUUGAAUACUCUUAAAUAAAUAAAAAAGGACUGACCUACUUUGUAUGUAGGUGCAGCCAUUGUUGUAGGUGGGAAGUUGGGAAGAUAGGCUGAAGAUGGUAAACAAUAAACCAUUGCUAACGAAAAAACCACUCUAAGCAGAAUUCAAUUGAUAAUGUUACUUUGUCAAUAAUGUAUAUAUUAUGGUAAAAUGACUACAACAUGUGUUUCUAUGACAAAAAUAAUUGUUUAAAAAAGAUUAAAAUAAUUAAAAUUUAAUAAUAACAAAAAAUAAAUAAAAAUGGUUGCCAAUGACAACCUUAUUUUUAAUCUUUCAAUCUUUUUUUAACUAUAUGUUUAUUAUAUAUUUACUUACAGAACCAUAAAAAGAACAUAGACAUGUGAAUGAACCACAUUCUUUCUCCUAAAAAUGGAAAAUUAAUUUUUUUAUAGUCAAUUUAAUUAAAAAUGAAUUUGAAUAUGUAAUUAUUGAAAAACAUUGCUUUAUAUAUUUUGUUUAAAAACAGAAAUAGUACAUAUUAGAAGUAAACAUACCAAUGAUGAAGAUAAACAAAACAAUAGUGAAAAUUGGCAUCAAAUUGAUUCACCAAAUUAUGACGAUAUGGUUAACAGAAUGAUGGAGAAUAAAAGUUUAAGGUGUAGAAAACGAAAAGCAAGUUCUUCAACUAAAAGAACUAAACGUUUUAAAGGCAGAUCAAAAAAGUAAAUACUUUUUAACUUUAUAUAAUUAUGUAUCACCUAGUUUUCAAUUGUUAAUUGUUAUUAUAAAUUAUAAUAAUUCGAUCUGAUGCAAUUAAAUUUAUGUAUUUAGCAAUCUUACUUUAGAUAGUUGUUUUCUGUAUAUCCCAUCUUAAUUUUUUUCAUUGUCAUUUUUUAUACCCUGAUUAUCAUUAUAAAUAUCACUAUAAAUUAUUUAAUAAUCAAAAUUAAGUGUAAUUAAUAGAUUAAAUAUAAUUUUUUAUUAACCAUUUUUAAACAAAUUUAUUACAGAAAGUAUAAUUCCAAAACUUCAUCUACUUCAACUUCAACUAUGACCAUGAUACGCAAUACUGCACUUAGACUGAAUGCCAAGUUACGUCCGGUUAAAAAACCCGGGUAUUUACCAGUUCCAAAACAUAAUUCAUUAGUACAAAAAAAAGAUUGACUCUUAAAUUUAAUAAUUACUACUAAACAUAAUUUUAUUUUAUGAUCACUAUUACAAUUUAUACUGGCAUUUAAGUUCUGAACAUAAAGGUUUUUAUACUAUAUUGUGUGCUUUU